CAGAGCAGAGAAGCAAGGCCAAAACCUUACAGAGCACCUCACUUCACUUGUACAUUCGUUUAGUUCGGCUACGCGUUGAAUCGAUGUAAAUAAUCGAAUAAGACCAUUGUUUUUCGGAUUGAAAGUGAUUGGAAUGGUGGAAAAAUUGUUUCACAUUAUCAAGUGUUUCGAUUGUGUUAAAAUGAUAAAGUAAUUGUUAAGUGCAAUAACUGGAAAUGGAUAUAUACGCCUGAAUUGACCUAAAAAUAAUUAAGACAACAAACGAAUGAAGUUUUUUUUUCUUCAUACAUUCAAUGUAAAACUGUGUGUGUAUUAGAAACUUCCAUAUAUAAAAACGUUUGACGAAUGUAUUCACGAAACUCGGGUUUGAUACACAACACAUAUAUACAUACUCAAUGGAACAGUAAAUUGUGUGAGUUUAAACGAAAAAGCAAGAAUAGCCUAUUGAAAAAUAUCCUCUCCUAUGCAGAAGGGGGGAGAGAGAGAAAGAACUUGUUAAUUAUACAGUAAAAAUAUCGAUGUAGUGGUUACUUCAGAAAAAUAAAUUGUUGCUGUGGAGUUUUUUUUUUCUGUUAGUAAAUUAAAAUUGUGUAAUAUUUACUAUUCGAGUGGAUUGAAAUUAGAAAAUGUUGUGAAAAAAGGAAAUUUAGACCAAAACUAUUGUUGCAAUAAAGUGAAAUUAAGAGAAAUUGAAGUGAAAAUCGGUGAAAAAAUGAAAAAUUGAGGGGUGCUGUCAAUUUUACUGUGUUGUGUUUACAAUUUAUGACAUUUUUGGUAGAUGAAAUGCAACAUUGCCAGUCGAUCGAGUGGAAACGAGAGAUCUACCAGCUCAAACAUUAGCAUGCAUUAACCGCAAAGGAACCGUUUAAUUCACCUUAUACAACAAAACACGACAUAAUGAACGAAUCUUCCGAGAGUAGAUUUUCCGAAACGGAUACACUGAAUGACGCUAAGCCUCCAGCUGAUAGUGUGUACACAUUUUCUGAUAAUUGUGAGAGUGACGAAGGCGAACUAAAGUUUAAAAUAAAAAAUAUAAUCAGUCCAAAAGAUGGUUCAACCAAUCAAUCACCAGACAAAUCGUCUCCAACAGAACGAGAAACCGAUAACCUUUCGAAUACCGUACCGGCGCCGAAUCCUGACAUAAGACCACCUAAUCGAAUUGAUGAGGAAACGUCAUGUAGUAAAUCUCCCAAACAACAUGUGCUUCCCGUUAAAGUCAAACGUGUACCGAACGGUAGCAUGCAUCCAACCGGUAAACCGGCAGCAUAUGCAAUGGAAAAGAAAACCACCAAAGUUCGGGCCAAACCGAAACGAAAGGCGUUGGUUGCAAUGUAUCAAAGUCAGAUCACUGACAACAAAAUUGGAAUAAAAUUGAAAUUGAAAAAGUCCGAAGUCUUAACCGUUUUACCGGCGCCGAAAAGCAAGAAAGUGGCAAAAUCAAAUCGCAAAAGAUCGAGAAAAUCAAAACCGAAGAACACAUCAGAUAGUGACGAUUCCAGCUAUGAAAAGAAACCACGACGUGUAAAUAAUAAUAAAGCGACAACGGUGGAAAAAGAACCGGAAGAGCAGUCUCCUUGGGGAUUAAUGAUUCCCGAGCCAAUUUUACUUAAGAUCUUCGAAAAUGUUGUCAAUCAGGAAGGGUGUCUGCCCGCAUUGGUUCGUCUGGGUAAAGUGUGUUCACAGUGGAAUCAAGUGUCCGUUACACCGAGACUCUGGCACAGUCUCGAUUUUUCGGCGUGGACGAAAGAGAAAUGGCGCACCGAACUGAAUUUGAAAUGGCUAAUCGAAAAUCGUAUGCAAUCCUGUAAAGAUCUGAACAUAGCAAAUUGGAAAGUUACUAAUAUUGACUGUGUCCUGUCUAUUUUGGCCAAUUCCUGUCCGGAUCUAGUCGGUCUCUCACUAGCUGGAUGGAAGGGGUUCGCAUCUGAGCAUUUAAUAUUCAUUGUAGAACAGUUUAAAUCCCUGCAACGAUUAGACUUAAGCUCCAUAAAUAUUGAAAUGACCAACAAAAGCACAGUGAGUUUACAAUCACUGUGCCACUCAAUACAAACGAUGGGCGAAAAAUUGACUCACCUGUACUUGGCUCACAAUAAAUUAGCUGGCGUUCCACAAAUUGUCACAGCAUUAUCGACAUACUGUCCAAACUUGACGCUUUUGGACUUAUCCAAUGUUAGCACAAUAGCCGCAUCUCACGGAUUUCUGCACAUAGAAAAGCUUCAGCAGGGCUGCCAAAAGCUUAAAGUUCUUCGGAUAACGAACUCGCACAUUACACUUAGUCCGGCUACACUCCAGGAACAGAUGGAUUCGCCUGGCUUUCCGGAACUGGAAGAACUGUCAAUCGCAUCGCUGGCUGAUGAAUCUCGGCUAAUAAACGAUGAUUUCAUUCAAAGAAUUCUAAAAACAAGUACAAAACUGCAAUUGCUAGAUGUUAGAGGUUGUGCUAGACUGACACAUGACAGUCUGAUCCGAUUGCCCACAUGGGACUUAAAACAUUUAUUUCUGUCUGGCUGUUCGGUAACGCGAGAUACCGGUGGCGGUCUAGAAUUAAUAGCAUCGAAAUGGGCGCACAGUCUCACUGAAUUCGAUUUGGCAUGGGCAAAUGUACAAACACCAUUGGACAAUGCAAUACGGGCGAUAGCUGAAAAAGGCUCCGAGUCACCAUUGCAUCAUCUCAACUUAUGUGGAUCUUCUGUGUCAUUGGAAGCGGUCAAAGAGAUACUGACGAAUUGCGUUGAUCUCAAUUCGAUAAAUUUGUCGUCGUGUCGAGGACUGCCACGCGGUUUCAAACGUUUGCUACAAGGUACAACUGAAAUCAAAGAACUUCGUGAUAAUCUCGGUGUUACGCUGAAAGUGCCGAAAUCGAGUGAUUCGUAGACUAAUUAUGGAACACAACAAAACGAUCAGCGAAAUGUUCCACUGAGGGAUGAAACUCCAAUUCGAAAUGCUUGCACACCUUUUGAAGACGAAGUUCUUCGUACACAAAUUUAGAUUGUAAGUAACAACGCAAUUAUGUGAAUUAGUGCGUAUAAAUAGUCAAUGAAAACUGAGUCAAAGUGAUCGUUUUAUCAAUUUUUAUUAGGCGUCCAACCGUAGGUUAAAAUACGAUAAAUUACGUCGCACCGUUCUAUGCGUGAUGCCUGAAAGCUAUUAGAGUUUUGGUAUUGGUUUACGUUCUUUAUCGUGGUCUUGACUCAGAUUCGUAAAUCAGAAAACGUGCGAUUUUAAGUGGAACAUCUUUCGAGUUGUGACCAUCCUCUCAGAAUGACUUUUCGAAUUUGAUCCUUCCCACCUUUUUCAUAAUAAAAUUCGUUCAUAUAAAUGAUGAUGAAGGUCUUUGAAUGGUUUUACCACGCAAUUUGACAUUGCUGUCAGGAUAGUUAUACUUCAAGUCGCACUCAUCAUCAUCACUACGUUAGUCGAGAAAUGAUUUCGCAA